AAUGGAGGAAGAAUUUAAAUAAAAGUAUAGUUUUGCAGCACUUUAAAAAUAAGUAUCAGAAAAGGAAAAAGAUAAAGAUAAAGCAAUUUUUAAAUUGUGGAAUGGGAUGAAUUUAGAUGAAUUAGGAAUGUCUGUUUAAGAUAAUAAGUAUAAUUAAAUUAUAUUAGAUUACCUGGACAACCUACAAAGAUUAUUUCACCAUUUAUUGAUGAUAAUGCCACUUAACCAGAUCCACUUUCAAAGCCUCAUGAUUGGAUUAAAUAAAAGUUAAUGCCUCGUUAGAAUAGUGUGAAUAGAAAGAAAGAGAUGUUUAGUUAAUUUUCAGAGGAAACUAAUUUCUACAUCUUUUAUAAUGUUAUGGAUGAAGAAUAAUAAUUAUGGGCUGUAGAAAAUCUGUAAUAAUAAAAUAUUUAUUUAGUUAUAUGAGAGGAUGGAGAUAUAAUUUAAGGAAAGAAUAAUGGUUUAAGGAAUUAUAGUUGAUAAAUAAGAAUUUGUAUUCAGGAAAGUAUUUCAGCAUUGCAAAUUGGAGAAUAAUGGAAAGUUCAUAAAUUGAUAUGUAAGAAUCAGAUUUAUGCACACUUGAAUAAUUCUUCAAUAAUUAAAAUUAAUGA